CCAUAAAGCAACUGCUGCAACACCCAUCAUGCAUUUAAUCUGCCAAAGCUGAUGCAACGAUCAAGAAUACUGCUUACAAAAUGUCGUUGCGGCACUUAUACACAGGUGCAGCUGCCCUCGGCGCAAGCCUAGUGCCCCUGUCGUAUCAGAGCAGUCACCACCUUUCAGCCGGCAAAACCAACCAGCAAGCUAUCUUUGAAACCUCCCUACAUAUUCCGAAGCCUCCGAAGCCCGAAAAAUUUGACAUCGUCGAACUACCUUUACCUCCAGUUUCUCCAAGCCAAGACCCUGGCGCAUGUCCAAAUCCGACCGGGUGCAUCGCGAGAGGACUCACCGAAAAGUUCCAGGCUGGCGACUUCACUCCGGAUGGCAAGAACGUGAUCGUCACGGUAACGUUCGUUGGAGCCCCCGCGGCUCCCGAUCCAGCGAGCAUCUACAAUGGAGUCCAGCUAAUUCUCAUCAAAGCUGAUGUCACAAAUUUCAGCAACGGCGACACGUGGAAGUGCUUAACUUGUGGAGUACCGGCUGAGAACGCAAGAGAGUUAGACCCACAACGGGAUUAUCCCCAUGUCUUCAGAAGCGGCGACAAAGCAAUCUGGGGCCACAACAUCCUCGACUGCAACGGGGAGCAGUUGGCUAGCGAUAAAUGUACACCUGACAAUGUUCAUAUCUAUCCAAUUCACUGGUCGGAUGGCAGUCCGCGUGAGCUCCGUAUCCACCCCGAUGAUGUUCAUAUCGGCUGGAGUUCGUUUACCGACGACGCUGGGCAGUAUUCCUAUUUCGGGCGUCUGGAGUACAAUGCGAGACCCUCAGGAUCAGGCCCGGUUGUGCCUCGCUAUGAUCUGGUCGAUGUCGACUUUCUCGUGGAUCCAAAGCGUCGAGCUUUCGUAACGGCUGAUGGUGAGGAGUUGAAGCUUCACCCUGACUCCAUCACAAUUGGCGAACUGCGGGGUUUCAGUGGUUCCGGCGACGAGAUACUCUACAUCGGUGCGCCGACCGAAUCGACAAACAUCGAUCUUUAUGCGGUUCAUAUCGAGACUGGGAUUGUUCGCCGUCUUACUAGUCACCCUGAUUACGCUGAUCCUAUUGCUUUCUCUGCCGAUGACCAGUGGUUCGUCACUCAGGAUACGCGUGCCAGCAAACGUCAAAUGUGGAUGUCGGGAAUGCGAGGUAUUCCGCCUCUCAUUGAUAUCAUUGCUGUUGCAGUAGCCGCAUCUACACGCAACAAUGGCCCACGUCGCUUCUUCCAACCGAUCUUGAUGGAUCGUCAUGGAGAUCGUGGGUCGUACUACGGGCAGCAGGUCAACGGGGAAGGCAAUGAUAGCGAAGGUAGCUUUCACGACCCAAACUGGAACGGCCGAGCCGAUCCGGCUUUCUCUUUGGACAGCACGCGCAUUGUGUAUUGGCAGGCUAUCGUCACAUCGCCAGCUUGUGGUGGCAUGAACCCGCUGCAGUGUCCCACCUCAACAGCUCCAGGUGGACGUGAGUAUCGUGUCAUGCUCGCUCAUGUGGUCAAUCGCAAGCCUUCGCGUCCAGCCCCAGUCUAUAAGGUGCCUAGUCGCAUACCGUGGGCGACACCAUUCCCAUCAGGAACCAAAAUCCCAUCGCUACCCAUACUAAAGCCAGGCAACUAUACACUCUACGGGAGGAUCUCUGGGUUUGCGAAAGUGAAGCUCAUCGGAGACACGGCACAUCCACAAGCAGACUCCAUCAAGCGUGUCGCUGCCAACUACACCAACUUCUCCAAUGACAGCGAGCACGUCAUCAACGGCUGGGAGGACGUUGAGCUGACAGUUUCGUCUCUGAAUGUGUGGGACCAGAGACUUGAUUGGUACUCUGAUAUCUCGCAGACGGGGUGCGCGAGUGGGAGCAAGAAGACUGGCCCAGACGGGUUUCAUUUGAGGAUCGAUGUGAUGAAGAACAUACUCGAAGCGAACGGAACGUUGACCACGAUUAUCGAUGGCGUGAAGUAUCGGCAACCGGCCAACGGUACCUAGAUAGGAUGCAAUUAGCUACCUAGGUAUAACUGAAUUGCUGAACGCCUUCGCUUCAUUUGAUCUUCAGUUCGCGUGUUGGUGGCGUGCGUAUUGAAGUCAUAUCGCUGCUUGAUCGUCGC